CAUUAGUAAACGUGUAAACAAGUGCUGCGUGACACGGUAAUUGACAGAAGCAGAACCCCAAAAGUCGUCGUGGCGUGAAAUGUCAGUGUAAGAUUUCACGGUGAUAAAAUACCGUGAAGAUCUAAACAUCUUUGUGCAAGCGAAGUGUUAAGAUGCACGACGCCUACGAAGCUUCACCUCUCUUAAAAUUGACAGUUCAGAUUGAAUCAAUUACUGCUUACGAUGAUAAUUUACUGAUCGGUACUAGACAGGGACAUUUGUUAAUGUACAGUGUUCCUCCAAAGUCAAACGAUAAACAAGAAUUACAAUUGCUUCGUUAUGGUAAAAACUUUAGCAAAAAGCCUAUUUUGCAAAUUGAAGUUGUACCGGAAUACAACUUGUUGAUACUUUUGACCGACAACAUCAUUUGUGUACAUGACUUGAAUUCUGCAACAAUCCCCCAAAUAUGUCAAUUACAAAAAACGAAAGGUGCGACGCUCUUCGUGUUGGAUGUCCAACGUACUCAGAGCUCAACAAGUGAAAAAGAUACAAUCGUUCGCCUGUGUGUUGCUGUCAAGCGAAAACUGCAAUUGUACGAGUGGAAGGUCGAUCAAUUUAUAGACUUUAGAGACGAAUUAACUGUUCCUGAUAUUCCUCGAGUCUUGUCGUGGUGCGGAGAAACUGUGGUUUUGGGAUUUCGUGGAUUGUCCUAUGUACUCUUGGAUCUAGAUGGUACCAGCAAGGAAUUAUUUCCAAGUGGGAAAUCUCCUGAACCUGGGAUAACAAAAUUGUCAGAUACAUCUUUUGCUUUGGGAAAAGAUUCACAAUCAAUUCUUAUGAAUACAAAAGCAGAAUUGGUUCAACACAACUCUGUCAAAUGGGCAGAUUCACCUAGUGCUACAGCCUGGGAUGAUCCAUUUCUCAUGGGUAUAAUUAACGAUACUUUGGAAGUUUAUACCUUGGAAGGUUGUUUACAUAUUCAAACGAUUCCAGAACUCAACAAAGCUAGAUUAUUGUGCAGAUGUAAAAAAGGUCUUGUUUAUGUAGCAUCAGUUAGCCAAGUUUGGUGUGUGAAUGCCGUGGAGGUGACGCAUCAGAUUCGAACACUUCUUGAACAGAAUCAGUUUCAGCUGGCUUUAAAAUUAACUCACUUGUCUGACAUAACGGAAGAAGAAAAAGCAAAAAAAACGUGGAAGAUACAAACGUUAUACGCCCACUAUCUUUUUGCUAAUAAAAAAUUUGCCGAGUCUAUGGAGCAGUUUUUCAAAUCAGGUACUGAUCCGUACGAAGUAAUUAGACUCUUCCCUGAUCUGGUUUCCCAGCCGACUAAUGCCAAUGAAACCAGCGAACAAGUUACAACUGCACCAACAUUGCAAGACCGUGAUUUGGAACAAGGCUUGCUUGCCUUGAUUAAGUUCUUGACAGAAGUGAGACACAAAUUAAUGGGUGAUACGCAAGCAAAAGAUAAAGAAAAUGAGAAAAAUAAUGAUAAGGAUACAAUGAAAGGAGAGAAAACUAAGAACAUAACAGCUGUAGCUACAGAGCAGCUUUUAAAAAUCAUUGACACAACAUUGCUCAAAUGUUACUUACAGACAAACGAUGCCUUGGUAGCGCCACUGUUGCGUUUAAACCAUUGCCAUUUAGCAGAGUCGGAGAAAACUUUACUGAAAUAUCAGAAAUAUCCAGAAUUAAUUAUAUUAUAUCAAACAAAAGGUCAGCAUAAGAAAGCAUUGGAGUUGCUUGAAAAACAAUCCAACGAAAGUGAUUCGAGCCUAAGAGGUACUGAACGAACAAUUCAAUACUUACAGCACCUAGGUAAAGACCAUAUGGAUUUGAUUUUGAAGUUUUCUGGAUGGGUUUUGGAACAGGACCCAGAACAGGGCCUCAGAAUAUUUAUGGAAGAUGUGCAGGAAGUUGAACAUUUGCCACGUCCCAAAGUAUUGGAUUAUCUUUUACGUUGUCACAAAGACUUGGUGAUAACGUACCUGGAGCAUGUGGUUCAUUUUUGGAUGGAUAAUAAUCCUCUAUUUCACAACGUCCUGGUACACCAAUAUAAAGAGAAGUGUUUAGCAGGCUUGAAUCCAAAUGCUUCACCGGCUGAAAAGCAGAAUGUUCAGCAUCUUCGACAGAAACUACAACAAUUCUUGGAGAAGUCAACUCAUUACACACCAGAGACGGUCCUAGUUCAUUUACCAUUUGAUUGUCUAUUCGAAGAACGCGCGAUUAUCUUAGGACGAUUGGGUCGUCACCAGCAAGCCAUCUCCAUCUAUGUAAACUUAUUAAACGAUGUCCCCAAGGCGAUUCAAUACUGCAGUAAUGUAUAUGCAAAAUUCGAAGGUCAGAAAAAUUCAGAAAAAGGGAAACACCAGGACGGGGCUGACGAAGUCUACGUUACUCUGAUCAAGCAACUGUUGAAGCCGGACAACGAAGCUGUUUUGGUAGCUACUGGGUGCACUCCAGAGAACCGAAGGAUAGCUCAACCUGACUUGGAAACAGCAUUGGAAAUGCUUGAGGAACAUGCUGCAAAAAUUGAACCCUUGAAAGCCUUAGAGGUUUUGCCAGAUAAUGUACCAAUAGGUCGGAUAAGACAUUUCCUUGAGGCUAGCUUGCAGAAUAAUUUGAAUGAACGACGAAGAACGCAAAUUCUGAAAGGCUUGCUUUACGCUGAACACCUCCAGGUACAGGAGCAAAGAAUGCAUUAUGAGUCCCAGAGCAUUCUCCUAACGGAAUUCAAUAUUUGUCCUGUGUGCAAAAAACGUUUUGGAAAUCAAAGUGCAUUUGCAAGAUAUUCCAAUGGUGAUAUUGUGCACUAUUCGUGUCAGGAGAAAAAGGCGUGAAAUAUGUGAAAAGUAUAUGUAUAUAAUUUUACAUUAUCUAAAUCAAACAUUUAUAUAUACUACGAUAUUAUAAUCCGCAAGUAAACGUGCAAAGGUAUUGAAGACACAGAAUCUAUUAUUGCAUAUAUUAUCUAUGAAUUUAUUUGACGAGUUUCAAUGUAAACGCAUAUGCUCGGCUGAUAAAUCUUGGGCUUCUGAAUCUACUAUAUUUAUAUAACAGCUGCCAGGCCUGUAUCUGUAUAAUCCAAAGGUGCAAAUGCACCGAAUGAAUCAGUAGCAAUGUAAAUGAUCAGUAAAUUAAAUAUCUACCAACAGUUUGGU